UCCUUAGCAACCGCCUUUCGAUACGAACUGUGAAAGACAUAGCAACCGCUCUUCGAUACGAACUGUGAAGGACCUUAGCAACCGCUCUUCGAUACGAACUGUGAAGAGAAGGACAUAGCAACCGCUCUUCGAUACGAACUGUGAAGGAUCUUAGCAACCGCUCUUCCAUACGAACUGUGAAGGAAGCGAAGCGUCCCUGGCUCCGAGACAACAGCAACAUGGAGCCUCAGGAGCCAACUUCUCCUGCAGACGAGGCAGAUGUCAACAGAAGGACCGAGUCAUGGUUCCAUCUCCCAGCAGAAGAGGACAGGAGUCAGUACCUGGGUCUGGAAUUUCAGGACAGCUGUCUGUCACCUGCCCUUGCUCUGCUACCAGAGUAUGACUUCUCGGGAUACUCUCUCUUCCAACAAACAACAGACUUAGAGUUUGCCCCUUUAAGGGGGUCUCCAGACGUGUCUGUAGCCUCCGACAGGUUUCUGAUACCACAGGCCAAGAAGGGCAGUAGCGGCGUUGUCCAGCCGUCAGACCCUCAGCAUUCCUCUCUGUCCCAGCAUCCUCUAGCCUACAACUCCACCCUGUCUGAGCACCCUCUGGGUCACACCUCCACCCUGUCUCGGUCAGAGGAGAGGGCCAGUAGCUGCUGCUCCCUCUCCGAACACAGCAUGUCCCCUGGUGACGGGUUGGGACAGCCAGGGGAGGACCGCUACCCAGCCACCGUCAGGGAUAACGAGGGGCAGAAGACUCAUCGUUCUGGGACACGUACCAGUCUCCUUGACCCAGACAGACCUCUGGCCGUGCCCCCUGACGACCACGCUUCGUUCCUCAGCGGGGACAUCCCUGGCAGAAAGCUGCUGGAUCUGCUCCAGAAGGACGUUGGCAUGCCCAGCGGUAGCAGCAGUGCCGUCUCCUCUGCCUCUGAGACCUCUCUCAAUAGGACUAACUUCUUUGGGGGAGAAUGCAGGAGUGACAGCUGUGUUUCCAAACCAGAUGGCUUGAGAGAAGAGAGGGAUGUGAGCCAAAGAGCGCUGCCUGACGUCUCACCUGAGCUGCUGCCUGACGUCUCACCGCCAGUCACAGGGAGAAGAGAAGGCCCUCAAGGAGGAGCCUCCGUCUCACCUGAGAAGACGGAGAAACUCAAAAGUAAACAGUCUUCACGGAUGUCUGAAAUUUCCAACAUCACCCUCCGUUCCCUGAGCAGCCAGCCGGAUGAAAGCAGUAAUGUGUCCCGCAGGCAGCUCUGCUCGGAGCUCGAGAGGAGUCUGGACUCUGAGCCUGGAGCAGAGACCCAGGGAGGUACCAGCCGUGGGCCCAUACCCUCCUUACACAGUGAAGUCAACACACCUGACGUUGUCACCAAUACACCUAAUGUUUCAACCACUGGAUCCACCAAAGGGAGGUUGAGCGUGACCAGAGGGCUACGGGCCAGUGUGUUAGGGCCAGGGGCUGGGGUCGGAGCCCAGUUUUCAGCAGGGUUCAGUGUGGAGCGAGGCCAUAGGGAGAGAGACCUCUGGUCCUCAGGGAACCAGACAGGCAUAGAACCAGACGUCUCGUUCCUGAGCCUUCUCCCUCGGCCCGUGUCCCAGUCCACCCCAGGUGUGUUCCUCCACGCUCCAGUCAGAUCCAGCACUAAGCGGUCUGCCCUCAGCUUUAACAUGGAGGUCUCUCAGCGCUCCUCAGGCUCCAGAGUCUCCUCCCAGCCCCAGCCUGCUGUAGACACCCUGCCUGAUAGAGCCACCCCUGUCCGGGACCCCCCUCCGCCUGCCAGAGAGACAGUACAGGAGCCCUCGGGAAGAGGCCACCAUUCUCUCCCCAGUCUUAACUACCUACAGAAGGUUGAUGCCUGGAAGGCCAACCAAAGUUCAAACAAGAUGUCGUUCUAUGACAACUUGUCUCUUCAGGGCUUCUCCGGGGUCUCUCCCAAGCAGAAGGCCUACGAUGCAGUCUCUGACUCUCUGACCCGUAUGUUGACUGUUCCACAGCAGGGCAACCAGACCCUCAGCAUGUGUGAAUCUGGACCCUCCUCCCCUAGCAGAGGGGAGGCAGCAGGUAGUGGUCUUCCUGAGAGAGAGGACACAGCAGGGCCUGUAGGAGGGCCAUCCCCCCUGGGCAGGUCUCAGUCCCACUCCUCCCUCAACACAGUGGUCACGUCUAUCCAGAGAGCUCAGCGUGCACAGACACACACUGACCAGGACAGCAGCCAGACACAGCCAGAGGAGGAGAGUGCUACAGGGCAGCCCAGGGUGUUGGAGAGGAGCCGGGGAGGGUCAGGGUCAGACAGGGUUCAGUCAGGAGGUGGACCUGAACAGCCCAGUGGUGCUCCAACCGAGCCCUCUCCCUUCAUCAGCCUGGGACGCUUCAAUAACGUGUCAUCAAAGCGAGACGUCCUCUCCAGCUCCCAGGACAGUGGCCACAGUGGGCAAAACUUUGAGGUGUCCGUCAGGGCUGCUUCUUCUUCUGUGGUCAGUCUGGAGGUGGAUAACUAUGCCCCGUACUGGUCCUCCAAACCAUCCUCACCACAUAGGGAGAGGGAGCUCAACAUUGAAGAAAGGAUUCCGAUGUACCUUCACAACCUUGGGAUCGACCAGUCUCCUUCUACGAUCCUCAAUCCCUUUGGACCUCGAGGGCCAAUCAGAGAGCCAGAGUUCUCUCCCACUGAUCUGUGCACCGUAAAGGGAUCCACAGCCACUGGCACGCCAACCAAGAGCACACAGCCUUCUGAAGGUGACAGCCCUCAUAAAGGAGAGUUCUCCAGGUCCAGCCUGCUGUCUGUGGCCUCAAGCAUGUCUCUACCUCUCAGUGUGGACAGCCUCCAUCUCCAUCCCAUAAGGAGCCAGGCAGAGAACACCAGGAGCUGCCUGUCCCCCUCUCCGGGACCAGACAGAGACAGGUCUCCCAGCCAGGGCAGUCUGAGGAUGGCCCUCUGCCCCCUGGAUAUCUCAGUGGAGAACACAGUGCUCCAGGACUCCCAGCAGGAUCCUCACUGCCACCAGCCAUCCUCCCCUGCACCACAGUCCACCCAGCCCCUUGACCUCCACAUCGACCAGCUCCCUGCACCACAGUCCACCCAGCCCCUUGACCUCCACAUCGACCAGCUCCCUGCACCAGAGUCCAAACAUAAAAAGUACCCUGGCUUGCUUCCGAACCUACAGUCCACUGAACAACAUCAGAGAGACAGCAGAGUAAAUGUCUCUACCCAGGCUACUAUAGAGCUGGCAGGGGGGCUUGAGUCCAGUGCUGACAGCUUAUCUCAGUACAGAGACAGGGUCAAAAACAGCUUAUCUCACUACAAAGAUGGAGACAGAGAAAGUUUAUACAGGAACAGAGACAUGGACGGAGACGUCUUGUCUCAGUACAGAGAUGGAGACAGAGAAAGUUUAUACAGGAACAGAGACAUGGACGGAGACGUCUUGUCUCAGUACAGAGACAGUGCAGUAGCAUCCUGUCCCCAGGUUUACGCCACCAUGGAUCGUAGUAAUCCUGAUGAUUCCUUCGUAGGCUCCCAGACUCUGCAGGACAUUAGGCUUCUGCUGGGCCGGGCUGAAAACAUUGUGUCUGGUGGGUCCUCCACCUCCGGCGCCUCCUCCCACCUCCUCCACUCUGACGACGACAUCCUGCUCCUCUCUCUCAGGAGGAAGAUGGAGGUAUUCCAGGACUCCUCCUUCACCUCCUCCUCUGGUGGGGCCGGGGUGGGGGACCCAAGGAGUCACUCCUCCUUGCUUUGGGCCCGCUCCUCCUCUGACUCCAUGCUGCCGGCAGUGAGGAAGAAGGAGAGCUCUGCCUACAACGGGGAAGGUCAUGUCAGGCUAACCAGAGAAGCAGAGCAUCAGUCCACACCCGCCAGAGAGGAGUCUGGGAGACUACUACAGGACAGAGAGCAUUAUGGGAGAUCACAUGACAGUUCUGAAGACCGAGAGCAUCAUGGAAGACCAAGGGACAGUUCUGAAGACAGAGAGCGUCAUGGGAGAUCACAUGACAGUUCUGAAGACCGAGAGCAUCAUGGAAGACCAAGGGACAGUUCUGAAGACAGAGAGCAUCAUGGGAGAUCACAUGACAGUUCUGAAGACAGAGAGCAUUAUGGGAGACCACCACAGGACAGUUCUGAGCACAGAGAGUAUUAUGGGAGACCACCACAGGACAUCUCUGGCAGUAGCUCCACCUUCCUCCUGACCGAAUCCGUGCGGAGGGCGGAGCCUGAGGGCUGCAGUGCUGGCCUCUCGGACACGCGGAUUGGCCCUGUGCCGGUCAGCCAACCUGGUCCCUCAUUGGGUGAUGCUGGCGUUGGCAAGCUGCAGCAGGCUCCAACAGUAGGAGGAGGAAACCCAGAAGUGCAGAUGGCUCCAGAAGAGGGAAGCUCUUCGUCCUCUUCGUCCUCCUGUCCCGUGGGCUCUGAGCAGGUGUGUGGUCUGUCUGAGCCGGCCCACGGUGGGGAUCAGGGUGGAGAUGCUCUGAGUGAUGGUGGCAGCAGCAGCAGCAGUUCUCUAGCAGCCAGGGUAGCCAGGCUGCUCCAGAGUGAGUCCCCAGCCUCGGUGGCGUCCCUGUCCAGCCGAGCCAGUACCGCCACAGCAGACCUGGAGGAAAGCAGAGCCAGAGAGUGGCUGAGGCUGAAGGUGUUGGGGCAGCACUGUGAAACUCUGGAGCUCAACACGGAGGAUAGACAACGCAUAGAAGAGAUCAAGAGAGAGAUACUCUUUAAACACCCACUACAGAACCCGAGGAGCACGGACACGGACAGCAGUGCUGCGUCCAGCCUUGUAGGUCCAGGGGGCCAGCCUCCCUCCCUACCCCAGCCUGAGGAGCAGUUGGUUGGGGAGCAGAAGCAGUUCAGGGCCCUGAAGGCAGCGGAGGACUGUCUGUCCCACCAGCUACAGCAGCUGAGCAGGAACCCGUUUGCCGACAGCGUUGAGCUGCGUACCCCUCUAAGGCAGGACCUAGAGGGCCGGGUCAGACAGAUCGCCCUCCGAGAGGGGUUAUACGUCCUCCCUAGAGCGCACCCUCCACCCCUCACCUCCAUCACCAUUGCCACCUCCCGCCGCUCCCCCCUCCCCGAGCCUCUACAGGUGUCCCAGUUCACCUUAGAAGGGGUCUCCCAACCCACAGUGCAGGGGUGGCUACCUCAGACACAGCCCCAGCAGCAGGGGAGGGAGAGCACCACCAACUCGACACACUGCUCCAUGUCCAGAGACACAACCACCAUGACUGGAUCACAGGCCAACAGCAGCAGUCUGUACCCCAGAGACAGAAAGACACGCCUGGGCCAGGAGCCGGGCCAGGAGCCGAGACAGGAGCCGGGCCAGGAGCCGAGACAGGAGCCGAGACAGGAGCCGAGACAGGAGCCGAGACAGGAGCCGAGACAGGAGCCAGGCCAGGUGCCUAGACAGGAGCCGAGACAGGAGCCGAGACAGGAGCCGAGACAGGAGCCGAGACAGGAGCCGAGACAGGAGCCGGGCCAGGAGCCGAGACAGGAGCCGAGACAGGAGCCGAGACAGGAGCCGGGCCAGGAGCCAGGCCAGGAGCCGAGACAGGUGCCGGGCCAGGUGCCGGGCCAGGUGCCGAGACAGGAGCCGAGACAGGUGCCGAGACAGGUGCCGGGCCAGGUGCCGGGCCAGGUGCCGGGCCAGGAGCCGAGACAGGUGCCGAGACAGGAGCCGAGACAGGAGCAGCUGCCUGGUAUAGACCAAGAGAACCCCUUUACUGGUCCCCCCCACUCUGCAGCUCCUCUCCCUCUGACCCCAGUCAUGUACGGGCACAUUUCCCGGUCUCACCCCGACGAAGGACGUCCUGGGUCCAUCGUGGGUUCUGGAGCAGACUGGGUCUCUGGAGCUUGGACCACCAGGACAGGUCAGGUCUCCCACCUCCACGUCACCCUCUCCCCUGGUCCUAAAGGGGCUGAAGAGUCCCGGAGACUUCUGUCCUUUGCUCCUGUCAGACACUCCUCUGCCGUCUCCAGCAGUGUUGACGAAGACGAGAGCCUAGGUUACGCCCCCGAGCCUGCUCCGGCCAAUAAGACGGGGUCGCAGGAGAACAGAGAUCCAAUUUGGAGACAGGGGCAGGAGACGGCCGACGCCUCAGUCCAGAUCACCACGGCAACGGCAACCUCCACCUUCCCACAAUGCUUCACACCUCCCCAGAGGCUGACUGGUACCGGUCCGUCUCGGCAGGCGGCGCUGACGGUUCUGUUGCCGUAUAAACCACACGGUAGUGAGGAGAUGUUCUACGUACCCCAGACGCAUCCUGAGCCACAGCUUUCCCCCAUACGAUCUGACUCCACCAUGGAGAGUUCCCACCCAGGCUCGGACGACGCAGUGCCCCCUCGCUUCAACAUAGAGAUCCUGGGGUCACGAGAGGAGCAGGUGGACCAGGUGGUGGACAGAGGGGUAAACAUCAAACACACAGAGGGUAUCUACAGCAAGAGACAAAGACUGGGAGAAAACUACAGUAUGGAGAGGACAGGUACGACCGUGCCAGACAAUGAAGGUCAACCAUUUGUUGACCAGCGUACUCCACAGUCAAAAUGCUUCUCUCAUGUAACAGGAGGGUUAACCAGAGGACCUGCUGUACCAAUCACCACCACGAGAGGACCUGCUAUACCAAUCACCACCACUGGAGGACAUGCUGUUCCAACCACCACCACUAGAGGACCUGCUAUACCAAUCACCACCACUAGAGGACCUGCUAUACCAACUACCACCACUAGAGGACCUGCUAUACCAAUCACCACCACUGGAGGACCUGCUGUUCCAACCACCACCACUAGAGGACCUGCUAUACCAAUCACCACCACUAGAGGACCUGCUAUACCAAUCACCACCAGUAGAGGACCUGCUGUACCAACCACCACCACUAGAGGUCAUGCUAUACCAACCACCUCCACUGGAGGUCAUGCUAUACCAACCACCACCACUGGAGGUCCUGCUAUACCAACCACCACCACUAGAGGACCUGCUGUUCCAACCACCACCACUAGAGGACCUGCUGUUCCAACCACCACCACUAGAGAACCUGCUGUACCAAUCACCACCACUAGAGGUCCUGCUGUUCCAACCACCACCACUAGAGAACCUGCUGUACCAAUCACCACCACUAGAGGUCCUGCUAUACCAACCACCACCACUAGAGGUCCUGCUAUACCAACCACCACCACUAGAGGACCAUCUGCAGCCAUGAGAGACCAUGGAACCUCAAUCACCACCUCCACACACACCCAGGGUGUCCCAGGCACAGACCACCCUGUCCAGCCCUCCCUUCGCUGCAGCCUGGGGGUGGGGGAAGAGGAGCUGGAGGUGUUUCAGCCUCUGCAUGUAGAGAUGGACUAUAGUUCCAUGGACCUCCACCAUCACUUCCCCAAAACCCACCAUCUCCACAUGGACCACCAGAUCUCCAACGCUCACCUUGUCCGAACCUCAGCCCCUCACCCAGGGAUGGAGCGAGAGCCGGGAGGCGGGACCACAGUCUAGCCCAGCGGAGUGGCAGCACUCUGGACCAACUGUGGCGCAGGUUCAGUGAGAGGUGGAGCCUGGAGGAGGCCCGGCCCACCAAUG